AACCCAAGAAACAGAGAAAAAGAAAAAGGUCUUUCACCUCUCUCUUCGUCUCCCCUUUCUCUCCUAGGAUCUUCAACAUUUCAGGCACCGAGCCUAUUGGAUCACAUUCAAAGAGAUCGAUCCAUGAAGUUUGUUCGAUUGCUUGAAAUUUGAUCAUCUAGGGAUUUCGAUUUGCAAAAAAUUGAUCUGAUAAAGAAAUGGAAGAAAUAUAUAAAGAAUUGAUGGAUUUGAAACCAGUUGUGGUUGAAACAUUAGUCGACAUUAUGCUAUGCGCAGUACCAAUAUGGGUAGCAGUUAUGAUAGGAUUGGUAAUUGGUUGGUCAUGGAGACCACGUUGGACUGGUUUAUUGUUUUUAGGUUUAAGAAGUAAAUUUCGUUUCAUUUGGACUACUGUUCCUCCUGGUUUUGGUGCUCGUCGUCUUUGGUUUGCUUUUACUGCAUUUUCUGCAUUUUCUGUUGCUAGAAAGCUUUGGUCUAAUUUUAAAGGGAAAGGAGAAAGAGGAGGAGAUGAAAAAUCGGUUGGUUCUGAAUCCGGUGAAUCUUUGACUUUGUCCGGGGAUCCUAGUAAAAACAGCAAUUUGAGGAGUGAAUCGUUAGUGGAGGAGAAUGAUGUCGUCACAGAGAAGGAUGUCGAGCACUUGCGACAUCUUCUUGAAGGUAAACUUGGGGAUGCAGCAUGGCAGAGUUUGAUGGAAAGCACCAAUCCAAAUAUGGCUUACCAAGCAUGGCGAUACGAGCCAGAGGCAGGUCCCACAGUUUACCGUAGUAGAACUGUAUACGAGGAUGUGACUCCGGAACUGGUUAGAGAUUUUUUCUGGGAUGAUGAAUUCCGUCCCAAAUGGGACCAUAUGCUAUCUUAUGUUGAGAUAUUAGAAGAGCGCCCCCUGACAGGAACAAGUAUUGUACACUGGAUUAAAAAGUUCCCAUUUUUCUGUAGUGAUCGAGAGUAUAUUAUUGGUCGACGAAUAUGGGAGUCCGGAAGGACAUAUUACUGUGUAACCAAGGGUGUGCCAUAUCGAUCUUUGCCUAAGCGUGACAAACCCAGGCGUGUAGAUCUUUAUUUCUCAAGCUGGAUCAUCAGGGCAGUGGAAUCCCGGAAAGGAGAUGGGCAAUUUACUGCUUGUGAAGUAUCUCUAGUCCAUUAUGAAGACAUGGGAAUUCCAAAAGAUGUUGCAAAGUUGGGAGUUCGUCAUGGAAUGUGGGGAACCGUCAAGAAAAUACAUUCUGGCAUGAGAACAUACCAGCUUGCGAGAAAGUCUGAGACAGCAUUAUCACGAAGUGCCUUGUUGGCGCGGAUCACUACCAAGAUCCCUAGUCAUGGCAAUCUGGAAUCUUUGAACCAAGUUUCUGAAGAUGGUGAGAAUGAUCAAACUGAAAUGUCGCAUACUAAAAUGGAUAAUGGUCUGGAUUGGAGAUGGGUAGUUGUUGGUGGAACCGUGGCUCUGGUUUGUGGAAUACAAACAGGUGUGAUUGGAAAAGCUUUGUUAUUCGGAGCUGCUCGCAGAUUUGCGAGGAGGUAAGCUAUCUUAAGCUAUCUUCAUUUGUAACUGGAUGAAAAAUAUAAAUGGUGUAUUCUUCUAGCCUUCUUGUUGGGAACACACUCUGUUAUUUGCGUAGGUAGUAUAUACACACACUAUAUGUGAAAUAUGUGUGUUUUGUUAAAAAUAGUGAAACAUAAUUUGACCAAUGAGGAACGAGUUUGACAGGGUUACAGUUGAAACACUUGAGAAACAUAUAUAUAUAUUUAGGGGAGGGAUUGGCGUGUCGGUU